UAUCAAAACAAUCCAAGUGCCGUGAAAUCAACACAACUUGUAAUUGCAAAUUUUACCCACAAUAUAUACUUGUUUACGUUAAAUCGUGUUUGAUAACAGUGCUAAAACUCCCUCUUUCGUCAUCAAUAUUUUAGAUUUAUGUAGAAGAACGAGGCUGAGUCAUUCGCUUCCGAUGAAUCUGGAUUCAACGCGCUGGACCGUGCUGAGUCAUAACCAAGCAGUCAUCCAAACAAAGCGUAUACAAUCGAACGGGAAGCAGCACACGCCGAUCGUUACCUAGAAUGACCGAAUCUGGUAUUGAAUCUCCGGCCGCCCCGGAGUGGCUGCUGAAGCUUGAAAGCCGCCGUGAACAGAUUAAAGCUAAGCUGAGCCACGAAAGUGGCAAUGGUGCACCGUGCAACGUGUGCGGAAGUUCCUGUCCCGGGCUAGAUUUGCACUUUUGGCGUAAAAUCUGCCGCAAUUGCAAGUGCCGCAAGGAGCAGCACGAUUGCAUCGACGACGAUGUGAGCGGAUGGGCUCAGUUUGAAAUUUUGGGCGCGAUUCGAUCCAAACCGGCAUAUAUUCGCAUCUCGGAGCUUACGGAUAAGCCGGUCCAGCUGGCAUGGGUGCCGCCGAACGUAACGCCAGAACUCGCUUCCGAUUAUAUGCGUACUCUGGGCCAACAGAACAUUCCGAUCGUUGGCAGUGAGGCAGCCGAAAAGCGCAAACAGCAGCUAGAAUAUCAAGUGCCAGCGCACGAUCUCGAUACGAACCUGUGCCAUAAUCUAACGCCGUACGAAGCCGGCCAGCUGAGCGACUAUGUGGAGAAGAUUAAAACGCACUGCGUCGGUCAGGGUACCGUAAUGCGUGUUGGAGGUGAUACCGCUGGCAUGCUGCAGUAUGGCACCGUUGUGCAACAACCGCAACAGGCAGUGCAAGACUCUACGGCGGUCACUACCAACAAUGCGUCCUCGGCGAAACGACCGGACUACAUGGAAAGUGGCGUACUGUCCGAUAAAAUGAAGUACAAACUCAACCUGAUGGGCAUCAGCAGCUCGGAAAUGGUGGCACAAGCUAUGCUGUACGAUCCGGCCACGGUGCUCAGCGGAACCGAUAGGAGCAUCCCGGAAGCGAUCGUCAAAUUCCACCAGGAGUACCAAGCAAACCCGAAAUUCCGUGCUGAAAUGGAUCACUUUAAAGAUCGCUUGCAGUUCCCUACGCGGCAUUCGUCAAACCCUCUGGGUGCUACGAUCGUGCCGUCCGGUAGCAAUGAUUCCGGCUUCGGUUCGAUUCCGGUUAGUCCGCGCGAGGAUGUGCCAUCGUCACACGCACAGCUGCUCGGGCAGAUGGAAGCGCUCGGAUUGGGUGGUGAGCGUAUGCCUCCAGCGCAGCAAGCCGUACGCGACGCGGUUGCCAUGACAGCUCACCGAUGCACUGGCUGUACGCUGCCGAUCGUCGUUGGGGAAGUUGCGGUCAAGAUCGAUCGUGCGAGCCACAGUGAUCGUUCGAUCUGGCAUCCGCAGUGCUUCAAGUGUGACCGGUGCGGUGAGCUGCUGGCCGAUCUCGUCUACUUCUACCACGGUGGCGCCGUGUACUGUGGACGAGAUUUGGCAGCGAUCCUGAAAAUUCCACGCUGUGCCGCGUGUGAUGAGCUGAUCUUCACCAAGGAAUACACGGCCGCCGAAGGAGCUACGUUUCAUGUGCGCCACUUUUGCUGCUACCAUUGCGAUGGCCCACUAGCCGGGCAGCAGUACGUGAUGGAUGAAAAAUCCGCUCAACCACUCUGUCUGCCCUGCUACAAGGGACACUACGCACAGACCUGUGCCACGUGCAAUCGUUGCAUCGGCCCGACGGAGCAGGGUGUCGGCUGGGACAAGAUACACUGGCACAAGGAAUGUUUCCUGUGCAGUGGUAAGCACUGCCAGAAGUCACUCAUUGGCGGCCGGUUCUGUGUGAAGGCGAAUCGUCCGUACUGUAGUGCUCAGUGCACGAAAGACGUCUGAAGAAGGAGAGCGUCUGCCAUGUGGUCGCGUGUGUGAUGAUUGCCAUAGAGGGCGCGAAGGUAGAUGGGGCUAAAAUCUCCUUCAGUAUUUAUUUGAUAAGAUUUUAUGCAACACAAAAUGCAUUUUAAAGAAUGUGUCGUUCACUUGCAGCCUAGUCGAAAGCGCUUUCUUUUCGGAAUUCCAAAAUGGGAGAAGAAACAUUUAUUCUAAAUUUAAAAAACGCACCUAGAAAAACGGCAGCUUUAUCCAGCAAUCGAAGGAUAUAGAAGGGCAGAGAAGGAACUGAAGACGCACCGAGUGCCUAUUGUAGGAUUUUAUACACAUUUCAUACAAGAUAGCAGUAGCACUAUAUUUACUGUAAAAUAAGCAAACGACGUGUGUGCUGCUCUGCUACCAGACACAGGCGGUGCUUUAUUUUUAUAGGCAAUUUCUCUACAAUUUCCAUGAAUCUUCAAUAGCAUUUAAAUGAAAUAUAUUUAUCUAAUUUAGAGUGUGAAUGCGCUAGCAUCCCUCUGUUAAACCUCACAUCUGCCGAACCGAACAAAAGUAUAAUCAAGUACAAUAUUUUUAGAUAAACCUUUACCGCGAGAGGAAAGCUUGGAACAAGAAGUAUUAAAUAAACAUAUUUUGUAAUCGGAA